AUGCUGAAGGUUGAGAAUCUUGUGACUUGCGAUAGACAGAAGACUAAUGAAAGUUUCGUGCUAGCUUCCAAAGAGAUCGGACCAUUUCAAGAUGCAAGGGGAAAUCAGUUUGAGAUCCAAGCGGAGAUUGUCAAGCCCAACAGAAGCGCUCUGUUAAAGAGAUCACUAGCUUUGGCGACCACGAUCCACCCACAGUUUGCCACAAUCACCCUUGAGGAGCUUGCUGUGGAGGUGGUGGGUAUCGAACUCGCCCUCGAAAUGAUCCAAACUGUUCAUGGAGAUGUCCAUGUUAUGGUCAAUCCGAGCUACUCCUACAACACUGAAGCAAUAGUUGCAAAUGCUCAGCGUAAGAUAAUACACUUCAUGUUCUACGUCGAAAAGAGAGAUGUUGGUAUACGUUAUACAGGAUUCCAUCUCAUCUGCCAAAUCAUUGACCCCAACUUUGACACGUCUCGCCCGGUUACCAAAGUUCCGGCCACAUGGGAAGGAAUGCAAGCUGCGCGUCAGCUCAAGCGAAGUAGAAUAAAGUCUUUGGCUACGUCUCUCUUCUCGAUAGAGCAGGCAGUCCUUGCAGGCGAAGCCGGUUGUAUAUCAAUUUCACCAUUUGUGCAUGAGCUGAAAACCGAAACUUACAAGGGAUACAAAGACAACAAUCCCAUUCUUGGUAUAUGUGUGCAAGCACAACAGUUCUAUCACCAGAAUUCUAUGCCCACGCGGCUGAAAUCCUGUGUAACAUUGAACCUCGAUGAGCUGAUUAUGCUCGCCGGAAUCGACGCGCUGACGAUAACACCAAAAGUUCUCAAGAAUUUGGCAGCUAUAGAGAGGUCCCAACAGGAGGUGGAGAGUAUGUCCUUGUUUGGGAAAACCGCUAAGAUCGCAGAGCCUGUCAGCUAUCCUUCAUGUAUCGAUUCUGAAAGUGAAUACAGGGUUCAUUUUGCUGCGAGUGAGGGCGGAAAAGUGCAGUUCAAGACAGCGCAGGCAAUUGCUCUGUUUUGUGAUGCUCAAACCGCCGUGGAGUUGUAUAUCAAGUCCCAAUUGGAGGACUCUUCUUACACCCCAAUCAAUCUAUGA